GGCGGGGGCGGGAUCAAGGCACGUGAUCGGCCUGCACUCGGUCUCUUCCGGGGCGCUAAGUGAGCUUGCUUGGCAGCAGCUGUUCUCUCAGUCUCCUGCAGCGGCCAGAGCAGGAGGUGCAGCAGGGCUCCGCGGGCAUCUAACUACUGCUGAAGAAGGAUUGCCUAAAGCAGACAUACAAUUCCAACAUGAUGGCGGGCCUCUUAAGAACAGUAGCAACCAGCUGCACAAGUCCCCUUUUCAGUAGUGUAACAUCACUGAAGGUACAGAGUGCGAAGACGCCAUGUCUGCGAAUGUUCCGCACUCACCAGGUGCUAUGGUGUCAGCAGCCAGGGAAGUCAGGUAUUCCAUACAAACAGUUAACAGUGGGAGUCCCUAAGGAGAUUUACCAGGAUGAGAAGCGUGUGGCCCUGUCCCCAGCUGGAGUGCAGGCUCUGGUUAAACAAGGUUUCAAUGUUAUUGUGGAAGCAGGAGCCGGUGAUGCGUCCAAAUUCUCAGAUGACCAAUACAAAGAGGCGGGAGCCAAGAUUCAGGGGGCCAAGGAAGUGUUGGCUUCAGACCUUGUUGUUAAAGUACGGGCACCAAUGUUAAACCCUUUGCUUGGGGCACAUGAAGUGGACCUCUUCAAACCAUCCUCAACUCUUGUCAGCUUUGUUUACCCUGCACAAAACCCUGACCUGCUAAACAAACUUUCUGAGAAACAAGCUACAGUGUUGGCAAUGGACCAGGUGCCACGUGUCACCAUUGCUCAGGGAUAUGAUGCUCUCAGCUCCAUGGCAAACAUUGCUGGCUAUAAGGCUGUUGUUCUGGCUGCCAAUAACUUUGGACGUUUUUUUACUGGGCAAAUCACUGCAGCUGGCAAAGUCCCUCCUGCAAAGGUUCUGAUCAUUGGAGGUGGUGUUGCUGGACUUGCUGCUGCUGGGGCUGCUAAAUCAAUGGGAGCAAUUGUCCGUGGCUUUGAUACUAGAGCUGCUGCUUUGGAACAAUUUAAGUCCCUUGGGGCUGAGCCACUGGAGGUUCAUCUCAAGGAAUCUGGAGAAGGCCAAGGAGGCUAUGCAAAGGAAAUGUCUAAGGAGUUUAUUGAUGCUGAAAUGAAGCUGUUUGCCAAACAGUGUCAAGAUGUUGACAUAAUCAUCACAACAGCCCUCAUUCCUGGUAAGAGAGCACCUAUAUUGUUUCGCAAGGAUAUGAUUGAACUAAUGAAGGAAGGUUCGGUUGUAGUCGAUCUGGCUUCUGAAGCCGGGGGAAACAUUGAAACUACUAAACCUGGGGAGCUGUAUGUUCACAAGGGUGUCACUCACAUUGGUUACACAGAUUUCCCAAGCCGAAUGGCUACUCAGGCAAGUACCCUCUACUCCAACAACAUCACCAAGCUUCUAAAGGCGAUCAGUCCUGAUAAGGAAAACUUCUACUAUGCUCUGAAAGAUGAAUUUGACUACGGUACCAUGGACCAUGUAAUUAGAGGGACUGUUGUUAUGAAGGAUGGGAAAGUAAUAUUCCCAGCACCACCUCCAAAUAACAUCCCCCAGGCCACCGUUGUGAAACGGAAAACUGUGGCUGAACUGGAAGCUGAAAGGGCAGCUUCCAUUACUCCCUUUAGGAAGACUCUGAACAAUGCAUCACUUUAUACAGCAGGUUUUGGCACCCUUCUUGGGCUUGGUAUUGCAUCUCCCCACUCUGCAUUCACUCAGAUGGUGACAACCUUUGGUCUGGCGGGCAUUGUGGGAUAUCAUACAGUUUGGGGAGUUACACCUGCUCUGCACUCUCCACUUAUGUCUGUGACAAAUGCCAUCUCAGGUCUGACAGCUGUAGGAGGUUUGGCUCUGAUGGGAGGAGGCUAUCUCCCCACAAACACCUUUGAACUCCUUGCAGUGCUUGCUGCAUUUGUAUCUUCUAUCAACAUCGCAGGAGGCUUCCUUGUUACUCAGAGAAUGCUUGACAUGUUCAAACGGCCGACUGACCCACCAGAGUAUAACUAUCUGUACCUGCUUCCUGGAGGGGUCUUUGUUGGUGGAUAUGCAGCUGCUCUUCAAAGUGGAUAUAAUAUUGAACAGAUGAUCUACUUGGGUUCAGGCCUGUGCUGUGUUGGUGCGUUGGCUGGUCUUUCCACCCAAAGAACAGCUCGUCUCGGUAAUACCCUGGGCAUGAUGGGAGUUGCUGGAGGAAUUGCUGCCACUCUAGGAGCGCUUAAGCCAAGCCCAGAAUUGCUUGCCCAGAUGUCUGGGGCCAUGGCACUUGGAGGCACCCUUGGUCUGACCAUUGCCAAACGUAUCCAGAUUUCAGACCUACCCCAGCUAGUGGCUGCUUUCCACAGUCUGGUAGGUCUGGCUGCCGUCCUUACCUGUGUAGCCGAAUACAUGAUUGAAUAUCCACACUUUGCAACAGACCCUGCAGCAAACCUCACCAAGAUUGUGGCAUACCUGGGAACCUACAUAGGUGGCGUGACAUUCAGCGGCUCCCUUAUUGCUUAUGGGAAACUGCAGGGUGUUCUCAACUCUGCCCCUCUUCUCCUGCCGGGGAGACAUUACCUAAAUGCAGGCUUGCUGGCAGCCAGUGUUGGCGGAAUGAUCCCAUUCAUGCUGGAUCCAAGUUACACAACAGGUCUGACAUGCCUGGGCUCUGUUUCUGCACUUUCUGCUGUGAUGGGUGUGACUCUUACAGCUGCCAUUGGUGGUGCCGAUAUGCCUGUGGUUAUAACGGUUUUGAACAGCUACUCUGGGUGGGCUCUAUGUGCCGAAGGAUUUUUGCUAAACAACAACUUGCUAACAAUCGUUGGGGCACUUAUUGGUUCCUCUGGAGCUAUCCUUUCCUACAUCAUGUGUGUGGCAAUGAACCGAUCCCUUGCAAAUGUGAUUCUUGGAGGAUUUGGAACAACCUCAACUGCUGGUGGAAAACCCAUGGAAAUCACUGGUACUCACACAGAAGUCAAUCUGGAUAGUGCUGUUGAGAUGAUAAAGGAGGCCAAUAACAUCAUCAUUACACCAGGUUACGGUCUCUGUGCUGCUAAGGCUCAGUACCCCAUUGCUGAUUUGGUAAAGAUGCUGGCAGAGAAUGGCAAGCAUGUCCGAUUUGGCAUCCACCCAGUAGCAGGACGUAUGCCAGGUCAGCUGAACGUACUUUUGGCCGAAGCUGGUGUCCCAUAUGACAUUGUGUUGGAAAUGGAUGAGAUCAAUGAAGAUUUCCCUGAAACUGAUCUGGUCCUGGUAAUUGGUGCCAAUGACACAGUAAACUCUGCUGCUCAAGAAGAUCCAAACUCAAUUAUUGCAGGAAUGCCUGUUCUUGAAGUAUGGAAAGCAAAACAGGUUAUUGUAAUGAAGAGGUCACUUGGUGUUGGUUACGCUGCUGUGGACAACCCCAUAUUUUACAAACCCAACACAGCUAUGCUUUUAGGAGACGCUAAGAAGACCUGUGACUCUCUACAGGCCAAAGUGCGAGAUUCUUUGCAGAACUAGAUGCACCUCUGUUUUUAUACAAGUUAUUUACUGGCCAGUGUUAACAAAUUUUGAUGAGAACAGAUUUUUUUUUUUUAAUUGAACAUCUUAGCUGUGACCUGAAGCAUGGGAAAAGAAUUAAAGGACUGAAACAAAACAAUUAUGGGAUUUUCUCUUAUGGAUAAUUUUAUACACUUGUGUUUUAAAGGAACACACUUCUGAAAUCGAGGUGCAAUUUGUGAGUUUUACAUGGUUACUAUUUUGUAUCUUUAUACCCAGUAGCAUUACAUACAAUUUUUUUUAAACAGGUUUAAAUUGUAGUCUAUAAAAUACAUAGUGGCUUAACUAUGUGAAAUUGCAUAACAUUUAUUGAGCAUUUCUAGUCUAUGUGCAUACCCCAAAUUGGGUUAUGAAAAUUUCUAAAUGCAGAUCUGAGAGGGAAAACUUUUCAUAUUUAUUGAAUUUCUGUUUGUCGGUUUUUUUAACCUAAUAAACCGGUCUUCCAAUAUGCGGUUUUACAACAAAUUUAGAACAUGAGUGAACCGAACAUGGCUGGUCACUUGAUAGAAACUUCUCCCAGUUUAAUGUCAUUCAUUAUAGUCCAUAUUAAUAUCUAAAUUAAAGUUCUCUUCAGUGGGUACAGCAUUUUAAUUUUUGUUCCAUCAGUAAUUCCCUUUUGAGAUUUAAUUGUAUAUAAUUAAAAAACAAAACAAAAUAUCUAAUUACGUCACAAUUUUAGGAAAUAACCAAUCUCUUCUUGGUGAAAAUUUUGGUACUUAAAGGGACAGGAAACGCCAAAAAAUGAUUUCAUGAUUUAGAUAGAACAUAAAUCUUAAACAACUUUCAGAUAUACUUCUUUUAUCAAAUUUGCUUUAUUCUCGUUAUCCUUUGUUGAAGGAUAGCAGCAACUAGUGGAGGAAAGGUGCAUAUUCUUUUUCAACAAUGCAAACAAAUAGAAAGGAGAACAUUUGAAAAUAGAAGUGAAUCUAAAAGUGUCUUAAAAUUACAUGCUUUAUCUGAAUCAUGCAAGUUUAAUUUUGACUUUCCUGUCCCUUUAAAGACCGAACCACAAGGAACAUUAAAAUUCUUAAAAUCGUGUACAGUGCUUUCUUAUUAUGGCACGCAUACAGUUAAGCAGUGCAUUUUAAGAUAUGUAUACAAAAUUAAUGUUUUAGAAGCAUUAAAAGUUGUUUUGCUACAGGAUUUUACAAAUCUAGAGCAGUUUAGGAGUACACUCCUUAAAAACCCACUUGAUUAUAUUUAACUGGCUGUGGCAGUUCUGAAGCCAUAUUCAACAGGAUUAGAAACACUGCAGAAUGCACCUGAAACACUUUGGUGGUGUGGAAAAAGCAUAAUUUUGCAGGGUAAAGUUCUGGAAAUAUAAUUUACUUUUUUUUUUAUAUACUCUGUUAAACAUUUUAUGGGGAGAUACAAUUUAAUGUAAUGUCCCUUUAAUAAAAUAGUUGCUGGAUACAGGAAUAUAGCCAUGUGGCAUAUAUUGUUUAGCUGCAUACUGUCUUAGCAAUAUUCAUUAAGACCAGACCUAAUUUGAGGGAAUUAUAGACUUUUUUAAAGAGGCAUAUUAGAUUUCACCUCUCUACCUCCUGUAUUUUAAGGACUAUAUAUAUAUAUAUAUAUAUAUAUAUAUAUAUAUAUAUAUAUAUAUAUAUAUAUAUAUAUAUAUAUAUAUACUGUAUAUCCUAUGUAUAAAGUUUCUGUGACCAUGUGAGAUGUACAGUAACAUUAGGAAACUGCUUGACUUGAACAAAUGUUAGAUGCUGUGGAUUUGACACUCAGCUCAUAUUUUUUCACCAGUAGCUAGCAGAGGACCCCAUGUAACACAGAUGGUUAUUGUGAUCUAUAUUUAUAUAGGUUAAUAUAGUAAAGGCUGCUGACUUCCUUUGUACAGUUAGGUGCUAUAGAAUAACAUAUCUGGUCUACUCUUUUUAAGCUAUUUCCUUAUGUUAGAUUUAUCAGUCUCCCUAAUGUCACCUGCAAAUCUAUGUGAACGACAGAGUGGCCCAUUUGUUUUUCCAUCCAUUUCCCAGUUUGUUUCAGAAUGACUGACUUAUUCACACUGGCUUUAUGUACCAGACAAUUAGAAGUUUUCUUAUGUAUUAAUGGAAUUUAUUGUGGUAUAUGAGAACAAUUAACUUCUUAAGGGAGAUGCAAGCACUGCUUCUUGUUGUUGCAGACUCAUCUAGCACUAAAGAGGUACAUUUUACCAUUGUUUUGUAUAUAUACUAUCGCAAUGAGAUCUAUUAAAGACGUUACUUAAAUCCUUA